UACAGCAGGCCCAACCCACUGUCUGCCUGCGCCAUGCACAACAUAGUGAUCGCCUGGCGCUACAAGCCGCAUUGUUUCUGGCGAGCUGCAGGCCCAUGCCCCCAGCCGCAACCGUGCUAAUUCUAGGCCUGCAACUGGCCAGAGGAACACGCCAUGUAUUAAAAACCUGCAGGGUCUGCUGCGAGAUGCAUCGGUGAGCACACGACUCUGUCUGAGAUUCCCUUUUCUUCGUCUCGAGUACGUACACUUGCCUCUUUUUCAACUUCUCUUUUGCCUCGUUUCCAUUGUAACGCCUUCGUUGCACCUUUCGCGCCAAGCGCCAUCCCACUGGCCGUCCCCGGCAGUGGAUUCUCAGUGGCCGCGUUCCUACUAGCGCCCGCCAAACGACAAAUUUUUUUCGUGCUCUCGACGGCCGCUAUAAGCGAGCCAGCACCAACUGGGAGCAAUGGAAUUUAGCACCGCCGGCUCCGUCGAGAGCAGUUCCAAGUCCCCCACCAUUUCCACAGGACCCCCCUCCGUCGACGAAGAAGCUCCUGUCACCUCUCCUCCUGCUUCUGCUUCUGCUGAUGUUGCUGUUGCUGUUGCUGUUGCUUCACCGUCUCUCUUGUCUCCAGUAGCCCAAGACUCUACAGCUGUGUCAGCACCGACAGCCGCUACGACAAACCCGCUUGGUGGCAGAGCAUCCCACACAAGAAGCAUAUCCAUCCCGUCCUCAACUCUUCGCAGCAACACCAGCAGACACGCAGACUCCGACUCGGCCCAUCUCCAUCCGGACAGAGCCAGCUUGCCCUCGAUCAUCCAGAAUCAUUUUCAGCUCCCCCUCAAAGCCUCAAGGUCUCUUUGGGGUCGAUCCAGACGCACCUCAGGCACCUCCGACGCCGGAAGCGAUCACUCGGCUAGUGGACGCCCAGAUUCCAGAGCUGACGACGAUUUUGACGACCCCCCUCGAUCGUAUCCUGCUAUAGCGCUUGAAGAUAGCAAUUCGAACCCAAUUGCUUCCUUGCCCGACGCCUCAUAUACCCCACGUUCGUCGUGGUCGGAAAACGUCUCCCGACGACUCUCAGGCAACUCCAUCUAUUCCCUAGCUUCGGCCCGUGGAAUCAUUGCAGGAACAUCAUACGGCUCAGAUAGCGGCGGAUCUUCUCGCAGCGCAUCCGCCUUCAUGUCUUCUCCAAAGGGUCGAGCUCCUGCGCAGCAAGAGCCUAGCACUGCCAGUGCGCCAGCUCCAACUUCAACCCCACCAUCCAGCGCUCCCACGGUGCAAAGCUCGUCGGUGAAUCCUCAUGCACAGCCUCCCCUGGACUUGAUGAGACGCACUCAAAGAGCAGAGACCAACCUGCGAACGCAACCUGAUCGAUCGAGAAGCCGUGCUAAGCGUCGUUUCAGUGGCAGCACUGCAGCCAGCUCCCACAGUCCGAGCAGUGAAAGAGCUGCCUUCCACAGAGAGAGGGAAGAAGUAAAGCCUGCUCCGUGGGGUGUGAUUGGCAUCUGUGCUUUGGAUAUAAAGGCUCGCAGCAAGCCUAGUCGCAACAUUCUCAACCGCCUAAUUGCUAAUCGCGAGUUUGACGUCGUCGUUUUUGGCGACAAAGUUAUCUUGGAUGAGGAGGUGGAAAAUUGGCCAAUUUGUGACUAUCUCAUCUCUUUCUACUCCGAUGGAUUUCCACUCGAUAAGGCAAUUGCCUACGUCAAGGCCCGAAAACCAUUUUGCGUCAAUGAUGUGCCCAUGCAAAAGAUGUUGUGGGAUCGCCGUGUCUGCCUAACCAUCUUAGACAAGAUCAAUGUUCGAACACCGCGACGCAUCGAAGUAAGCCGUGACGGUGGCUGCCAGCUUCUCACACCUGACUCGGUGAAACAUAUCAAAGAAGUUGCUGGUGUAUCUCUUGAGCCGUUCAACGAAGAAACAAAAUCGGUCCCCAGAAAGGUAGAGCUCGUCGACGAUGGCGAUACGCUAAAUGUGGACGGAUCCUUCCUCAAGAAACCCUUUGUCGAGAAACCAAUCAGUGGUGAAGACCACAACGUCAUCAUCUAUUUCCCCAAGUCGGCUGGUGGUGGCGCUAGACGACUCUUUCGCAAAAUCGGUAACAAAAGCUCCGACUAUGAUCCCAACCUUACAGUCCCUCGUGCUAUCACAGAACCAGGGAGCAGCUACGUUUAUGAAAGCUUUAUGCAAGUGGACAAUGCAGAAGACGUCAAGGCCUAUACCGUUGGUCCCCAGUAUUGUCAUGCUGAGACUCGCAAAUCCCCCGUCGUCGAUGGUAUCGUACGACGAAACACUCAUGGCAAGGAGGUGCGCUACAUCACCGCCCUUAGUGCCGAAGAAAAGGAAAUGGCUCGCAGAAUUGCGACCUCCUUUGGCCAGCGUGUUUGCGGGUUCGAUCUUCUGCGAGCAUCGGGUAAAAGCUAUGUCAUUGAUGUAAAUGGCUGGAGCUUCGUCAAGGACAACGACGACUACUACAACUCUUGCGCAACUAUUUUAAAGGAUAUGUUUAUCAAGGAAAAGCUUCGCAAAGGCAGUCUUACUACACCUAUGCCCUCGCCAACCGUUUCAGAGGCCGAUCCAAUGGCACGCGCAGUACCAACGGCGAACGCUGCAGAGGCACAGCCAACAGCUCCAACCAAUGCCCCUACAGAUACUCAGCAAACCGGCAGUAAUACUGGUGGAAGCUCACUCGGAAGUGCUUCUCCUGGAACUGAUGGAAUACUCAAAUCGACACCCCAUAGCACAUCUAUAACGCCCAUACUACCACCUCCGCCCACUGAACUUGUCUUACCCGCCGCUGCCACCACCUCUACUCCAUCCCUUGUUGAUACCGUGGCCACUGAAGCACCCGCAGAGUCGGCUGCCACCGAAGAGCCGGCAGCUGAGGCCGCACCACCUCCCCCGAAGCAUUCUUGGAAGCUUAAGGGCAUGGUUUCAGUCAUUCGCCAUGCGGAUAGAACACCAAAGCAAAAGUACAAAUUUACGUUUCAUACGGAGCCAUUUGUCGCUCUUCUGAAAGGUCACCAGGAUGAAGUUCUCCUUAUCGGAGAAGCAGCGCUCGCCAGCGUUAUGCAAGCCGUUGAUAUUGCUCUAGAACAAGGGCUUGAAGACCGCAACAAGCUUCGCAGUCUUCGAAAUGUCCUAGUCAAGAAAGGUGGCUGGGCAGGCACAAAGGUGCAAAUUAAACCAAUGUUCCGCAAACGAAAGACAGAAGAGCUCUCGGUCUUGCCCGGUGUUGCCGAAGGCGAAGAGUCUACUGCCAACACUAGCCCUGACAAUGUACCCGGCUCUGCCGUCAAACACCGUAUCACACCAACCCGCCAUGAUUCUCUGUCUGGUGUGACAAUGUCAAAAUUCACGGCUGCUGAGGAGAGCCUUGUUCUUGACAAGUUGCAGCUGAUCAUCAAAUGGGGCGGCGAACCAACUCACUCUGCACGCUACCAAGCGCAAGAGUUGGGUGAGAAUAUGCGCAACGAUCUCAUGCUCAUGAAUCGUGAUAUUCUCGACGAAGUUCAUGUCUAUAGUAGUUCAGAGCGCCGAGUGACGACCAGCGCUCAGAUCUGGGCGGCAUCUUUCCUUGAUCGCAAAGACAUACCAGAGGACUUCAUCACCAUUCGUAAAGACCUUUUGGACGACUCAAACGCUGCUAAAGAUGAGACAGACAAGGUUAAAAAGAAGCUCAAGGGUCUAUUGCGCAAGGGCAACGAGCGACCUGCCCAGUUUGCCUGGCCAGAGAAGAUGCCUGAGCCCUCUGAGGUACAGACAAGAGUUGUGCAGCUUAUGAACUUCCACCGCCGCGUCAUGCAAUAUAACUAUGGCAAGCUCUACAGUGGCGCCGCAACCUCACUCAGUGGAAUUUCGAACCCCAGCACAGAAAAGCUCACUGGAGAAGGCUCGAGCGCAUCAAUCUCGUCGGCGCUCUCGCACGCCAAUGCUGUCAACAGCAUCCAGUCCCGAUGGUGCUCAGGCGAAGAUGCUGAACUUUUCCGUGAACGUUGGGAAAAGCUAUUCUCGGAAUUUUGCGACGGCGAAAAGGUCGAUCCUAGCAAGAUUUCAGAACUCUACGACACCAUGAAAUUUGAUGCGUUGCACAAUCGUCAAUUCCUCGAGUGGGUGUUCACACCACCAAGAGGCAUGCUCGAAGAAGAAUACCCCUCGAAGGAUAAGCCAAAGGAGGGCGAGGAUGUGAAGACUACAGAAGAAAACAAGGUGGAGAAGUCGUCUCAGUCCCCUGAUGGCUCUGAGAAGGCCGAUCAGUCCAACCGCUCUGUUCGCAAGCUGUUCCGCCGACGCUCAUUCAUCAACAGUGUCAAGGGUUCCAACGGUGAUGCUCUCCCAGAGCAAUACUUCAGGCUUUAUAAAGGCACUGAUCAGAGUUCAUCCAAAACCGAUCCUCGUCAUGAGCCCCUACAGGAACUCUAUCAUCUUGCCAAAAUCCUCUUCGAUUUCAUUUGCCCUCAAGAAUAUGGUAUCUCUGACAGUGAAAAGUUGGAGAUUGGCCUCUUAACAUCCUUGCCACUAUUGAAGGAAAUUGUGCAAGAUUUAGAGGAAAUGCAGGCCUCCAACGAUGCCAAGUCCUUCUUCUACUUCACUAAAGAGUCUCACAUCUAUACUCUGCUGAACUGUAUCAUCGAGGGUGGAAUUGAGACGAAGAUUAAGCGCAGCACAAUUCCAGAGCUUGACUAUUUGUCGCAGAUUUGCUUUGAACUUUACGAAUCAGAAGUAGCACCGGUCGAAAACAGUUCUGAUGCGGUACCGACCUUCACUUACAGCAUCCGCAUCACCAUCAGCCCCGGUUGCCACGUCUUCGAUCCUCUACAUGUCCAGCUUGAUAGUCGCCACUGCAUUGGAUGUGCACCUCGACGAAGCCUCACACCGCAUGCCGACUGGCAACAAGUUAUCAAGACUUUGCGCGCGAAGUUUACUCAGGUCAAAUUACCAAAAACAUUUUUAGCCAUCAACCUUUCCGAUGCAUUCACCUUUGACGAUCAUGAGAAAGCCGCCCUUGAAGAUGGACUGGAAAUGAAGAGUGUGGCUCACACUGAACAGGGUGGUGAAGCUGCGCAAGACGGAAAUCCUUCAGAUGAAACACGCGCAGCCGAGCCAGAGGCUGUCAAGGAUGCCAAUCACGAUGCUUAAGAGUGUGUAGUAGACGAUACAAACUCACCUAAGGCAUCUUCUGUUUUACUUUGUUAAGAAUUAUACAUAUAGACUUGUCCUUCGUUAGAUCAAUAGACAUAACCCGCUGUACACUCCUGCGAAU